UCCUAUAAAUCUGCCAGCUCCGAACAGACACUUGAACAACACAGACCAACAUAAUAGACCAUCAUUUCUUGAGAUCGAGCUUAGCUUAGCUUAGCUUGUUGGAGAUUGGAGGGAGAGAAAAUUAAGCAAAUAAAAAUGGGUGCAAAACAGCAGGGAAGCAGGGCAUCAGUGGUUUUAAGGAUGUUGGGUUUGAUGUUGUUUGUUGUGCAGGUGAUUCCUAGUCUGGGAAUUCCACAGCAGAGGUUGAGAUCUUUGAGUAUAAUAAGGAAGAUGAAUCAGAAAGGGCCUUACAUUGGUCUUGUCACUGUUUAUCCUCCUGAGGAGAAUGCCUUCUUUGCCACUGGUGCCUUCCAACCUCACCCACAACACCCCUUUGUAGAUUUAUCAGGUAGACGUUUUAGAAUUGGGACAGUGAUGGGAAAGAAAGUUAUCUACGUGAGAUGCGGUGUUGGGCUGGUGAACGCAGCGGCUACCACACAACUAAUGCUGGAUUACUUUCACUUGAGUGGAAUCAUUCAUUUUGGCAUAGCUGGAAAUGCCAACAGUUCCAUGUCCAUUGGAGAUGUUGUGAUACCCAAACAAUUUGCCAACACUGGUCUAUGGGAUUGGAUGAAACCCAAUGGGACAGUUCCAACCAAUGAUGUUACUCAAAUGGACUUCAAGAACUAUAAUGUACCAAAAGGGGGAGACAACGAAUUAGGGCACCUUGGAUAUAGCACUGAGCAAUUCUAUUCAACUUCUGGAGACCCAACUGAUCCUGAGAGAGUUUUCUGGUUUAAUGUAACCAAGGACUGGCUUAACUUAGCUUCUAGCUUGGAGGGGAUGGAAUUGGAGCAAUGUCUAAAUUCAAGCUUGUGCCUCCCACAAAAGCCUAAACUAGUUGUAGGUCUCAAGGGUUCAACUGCCAACCUUUUCCUUGACAAUGCAGCAUACAGAGAGUUCCUCUUCCAGUCCUUUGAGGUUACCUCACUUGACAUGGAAAGUGAAGCUGUUGUGAUGACAAGCUUGUCCAAUGGAUUCCCAGUAAUCGCCAUUCGUGGAUUAUCAGACCUAGCUGGAGCACAAACAGGCAACAACACAAUUGAUUUGUUUGGACCUCUAGCAGCUUCAAACACUGCCAAUGCUGUGAUUCAAUUCAUCAACACUCUGCCAAGAUCUGGAAAUACUUAUAGAUAUUAUUAGGGCUACCAUUACAAUUGCUCUUUAAAUUGUGUUUAUCUCAAGUUAAAGUUCCCGGUAUUAAUGAAGAAGUAUUAAUCGAUUUAUUUGCAAGUUUGCCACUUAGUAUUGUUUGAAAACAAACAUUAUAUUCCAUAUCCAUUUUAUUUAUGGAAUUGGCCCGGCUGGAGAAACAUUAUAUCCUGUGAGAGUAAUUAGAUACCCAAUUUAGUCA